GUUCGCGCGACGCCUCGCGGUCUUGGCGGCGUACGAUGGCUCCAGCCCGCGCCGGAGCUGGAGCCCCACCCAGUGCGGAGCACGCCGUGGGCCGUGGUGAACGCUGAGCGCCGCCGCCCGCCUACCGCGCCGGCGCCGGGCAAUGUACUCCGGGAACCGGAGCGGCGGCCGAGACUACUGGGAGGGCGGCGGGGGCGCAGGCGCCGAGGGACCGGGGCCGACGGGGACGCUCAGCCCCGCGCUCGUCUUCAGCCCCGGCACCUACGAGCGCCUAGCGGGCCUGAUCGGCUCCAUCGGACUGCUGGGUGCUGGCAACAACGUGCUCGUGCUCAUCCUGUACUACAAGUUCCAGCGGCUCCGCACUCCCACUCACCUCUUCCUGGUCAACAUCAGCUUCAGCGACCUGCUGGUGUCCCUCUUCGGAGUCACCUUUACCUUCAUAUCCUGCCUGAGGAACGGCUGGGUCUGGGACACUGUAGGCUGCGUGUGGGACGGGUUCAGCAGCAGCCUCUUCGGGAUUGUUUCCAUUACUACCCUAACUGUGCUGGCCUAUGAACGUUAUAUUCGAGUGGUGCAUGCCAGAGUGGUUAAUUUUUCCUGGACCUGGAGGGCCAUUACCUACAUCUGGCUCUACUCGCUGGCAUGGUCAGGAGCACCUCUCCUGGGCUGGAACAGGUACACCCUGGACAUACAUGGACUAGCCUGCACUGUGAACUGGAAAUCCAGAGACUCCAGUGAUUCCUCCUUUGUGCUUUUCUUGUUUCUCGGCUGCCUGGUGGUGCCCGUGGGUGUCAUAGCCCAUUGCUAUGGCCAUAUUCUGUAUUCCAUUCGAAUGCUCCGUUGUGUUGAAGAUCUUCAGACAGUUCAAGUGAUCAAAAUUUUAAGAUAUGAAAAGAAAGUGGCCAAAAUGUGUUUUGUUAUGAUAGCCACCUUCCUAAUGUGUUGGAUGCCUUAUAUCGUGAUCUGCUUCUUGGUGGUUAAUGGUUAUGGACACCUGGUCACUCCAACAGUGUCUAUUGUUUCACACCUCUUUGUUAAAUCGAGCACUGUAUAUAAUCUGGUUAUUUAUAUCUUCAUGCUCAGAAAGUUUCGAAGAUCCCUUUUGCAGCUCCUCUGCUUCCGACUACUGAGAUGCCAAAGGCCUGCCAAAGACUUACCAGUAGUUGGGUGUGAAAUGCAGAUCAGACCCAUUGUGAUGUCACAGAAAGAGGGACACAGGCCAAAGAAAAAAGUGACUUUUAACUCUUCUUCCAUCAUUUUUAUCAUUACCAGUGAUGAAUCCGUAUCAGUUGAUGGGAGUGACAAAACCAAUGGGCCCAAAGUUGAUGUAAUACAAGUUCGUCCUUUAUAGGAAUGAAUAAUGCCAGUGAAAGAUGUGAUCUUAAGUCAGACACCACUUUUUAGAUCUCCAUUUUAAGGACUGUUCUGGAAUUCCUAUUCUGUGUGUAUCAACAGAAUGUUUGUGGCCCAGAGGGAAAGCUGAAUUGUCCAUAUGCUCUCUGGCCUCAGAAAGCAAUCAAAAUCACAUAAAACAAAUUCUUUUAACUCAAUGGGUGCUUUACAUAAUGAAAUACCAUUUGCAGCACAAGAUGGGCAUCUGGCACCAUCAACUUCUAACAUGUUGGAAAUUCAUUUCAAACAUAUUUUUUAAAUGACUAUAUUUUCCAAGGCACGUAAUACAUUUUUCUCAAAAAAUACUUAGCUGUAAAAAUGUCUUUUUCUAAUACACCUGUGCAAGAUACCUAGAAAAGCUUGACUUUUCUGUAGUGGCGGUUCCUAUUAAAUGUCAUGGCAUAUGCCUGACCAAAUCAAAUUUAUAUAGGAGAUAAUUCUAGGAUGAAAAAGAAAAUCACUCCCUAACUGUAUCUGAAACAAAAGACUCUUGCUCUAUGCCUAGUGUGAUAAAGAGGAGCUUCGGACUAAUGUGCUGCUGAGCUAGUUCUAGAAGAUACUACUAAAGAGCAUCAUAGUGCGGUGGUUUGGAAUUAUGCAUACCUGAAAAAGAUGUUCUUAAUCUUACUUCAUUCCUGUGAGUGUGAACCCGUUGUAAACAGGACCUUUUGUUGAGGUUACUUCAGUUAAGGCAUGGCCCAUCUGAAUCAGGAUGGGUCUCAAUCCUACAACUGGAGGCCAUAUAGAGAAGGCCAUAGAGAGAGAGAAAGCUGCGGGGAGCAGCCAGAAGCUGAAGUGAACGGAACUUGGGAGAGAAGGGAGAAGCCAGGAGGUGCCGCCAUGUGCAUUGCCAUAGGAUGGAAGAUCCAAGGAGCC